AUGGAUAAAUAUUUGAUCAAAAAAGACAAAUUGCUUGAUGGUUCCGACACUACUACGACACUGGUAUCAAAACCACAGCGGGCAACACAACGAAUGCAGUACCAAGAUGCUCUGAAAAGACAGGAGUACCAGCAACAGGAUGAAAACAGAAAAGGUGUUGAUUUUGAUAAUGAGGUUGUUCAAAAUGAUUUAUUUCAGAAGCAGUUCGAAGUCAAAGAUGGAGAGAUUAUAUGUAAAGGAAAGAAGAAAAGUACGCAUUCUGUAAAAGAUGGCAUUAACCAUUUUCUGAAUUUGAAAGUUCCAGGCAAUGUUAAAGAAUUGAUGUCUAAGCUGGGAAUCAGCUUGGAAGGUUUUGCUAGCUUUAACUUUAAGUUACCAAAACUGCCUGUUCUUCUUAUGGCAGCUUCAUCCAACCAUUAUACAGAGCUGCAAGGACUUCUUCUUGAUCUUAAACAGAAAGUUGUGCCAACCUUCCCCAAUAUUAAACUUGUGAUUUAUGAUCUUGGACUAACAGAUAAACAAUUCAAACAGACAUUGUUAAAAGAAUACCAUUUUGUGAUGUAUAUGGAUGCUUCAAUUAGAAUUAUUCAAGGUGAUCUAUCGGAGAUAUUUCAAUAUACAUUACAGAAUGGGUUAAUGUUAACGCCUCCUGGUGGUCCAUAUGAGGUGCUCAAUAACACUGACAUCCGCAUGUUUCGCUUUCUACAUUUAAACUUGUGUGAAUAUCAAGGCUUGAUUGAAAAUCAGGCUACGAUGGUAAUCAUAGCUGACACUUGGCUCACUCAUUGGGUUCUAAUGAAAUGGUGGAUAGUGUGUGCUCUAUCUGAAGACUGUAUAGCACCACCAGGAACAAAACAGAUGUUAAUAUGUCCAUCCAACCCCAUGAAUUCCAAAAUCGCUUCUUGUCAUAGAUUUGACCAGUCUGCUUUAAAUAUCCUGACUUAUUCCAUAUUUCCUGAACCGAAAAAUCUUCUACUUUCUCCAACCUACAUCAGAGUUCUAAGGUAA